AUGACCGGAGGAGGUGGUUGGCCUAUGAGUGUGUGGCUGACUCCUGAGUUAAAACCUUUCGUCGGAGCUACUUACUUUCCUCCUGAGGACAGGGCUGGCCAACCAGGAUUUAAAACAAUUCUUAACCAUAUUUCUAAGCAGGUUACACAACUUGUGUUGAUUUAUUUUUUUAGAUAUGAUCCAUUAAACUUAGCUUUAGCUCUGGCUCUGGAGCCAGAGUACAGUGUCUAUUAAAUUUUAUUGUGCUCAUUUAUUGGUCAGGAGAAUUUAGUUCUCUGAUCUCUAAUUAUUCAAUGUUAUUUUUCAUGGUUUUUAGUGGGAACAAAACAAAGAGAAGCUAAAUAUGCAGGCUAAUGUAAUCCUUAAAGCUAUUCAACAACACACACAGGAAAUGCACAAACCAAAUGAGGCUGGUGAUAUGCCAAGUACAGAAUGUAUCGACAAGUUGUUUAAUGACAUGUGUACAAGUUUUGAUGACGAGUAUGGUGGGUAUGGAGGAGCACCAAAAUUUCCGCAAGCAAGUGAGUGAAUUUUGGUAUUAAUGUUAUUAUUGUUAGAAAGUAACUAAAGCAAGUUUGCAGCCCAUUGGACUGAACUGCAAACAACAUUUUCAAGUGAACAGAUAGUAUGACAAAAUCUUUUUCUUUCUUUUAGAGUAUUUGGUUACUUAAGAAACAACUCUGGAAAGUGAGAUACAUCUGUUUUUUUUAUUUCUUUGCAGCAAAUUUUAACUUUCUAUUGAGGUACUCUUGUUACAAAGCUGGCUCUGAUGAAGGAAAGAAAGCUUUGAACAUGGUAAUCAAGACAUUAGAAUUCAUGGAGAAGGGUGGAAUACAUGAUCAUGUUGGACAGGUUAGAAAAUAUUUUUGACAACAAGCGUCAGUGUGAUUCUGGAAAAUUUGCUUAUAAUAAGUACACUGUACCUAGCCCUCCCCUGUCUGGCAGACAGUCCAUACAUUCCCUCUUGUUUCAACCUCUCUACAAUGGCCACCUCUUUACAAUGGCCACUUUCUUCUAUCGCCAAGGUGGCCGUUGUAGACAAGUUCAACUGUAGAUCCAGUGACAUAAAGUAUGAUAAGAUAACAAUCAUUUUAAUCAUGUAGAACUGUUUAUAUCAAUUCAAACUGUGAAGCAAACAAUCUUAUACUUAUAUUGUGAUCUCCCAUGGGAUUUAUUCAUCAGCCAUUUUUGGAUAGUUGGACAGAGAGGUGGUUGGUGCUAAAAAUGGUAAUUCAACUUGAAAAGUUGGAAAGUUCACUUAAAGGUUUAUUCCUUUAUGCUGGGGUGGCCCAAUGCCCUAGUGAGGGCACCUUGUGACUUGUAUACGCAGUUGCUUGCUUGCUUGCAGUUCUUUGGAAAGUGUUGUUGCAAUAGUUCCUUCCUCAUGCUAGAGCAUUGUCAGGCACCACCAACUCUGUAGGCAUCAGUGCCCAGGCUCAUCUAUUGGUGAUGAGUUUAAAUCUUCCUGAUGCUUGAGUUCUGUAUGAUGCUUUAAAUCCUCUAUUAGACCCCUUUUUUAGUGAAAUAAAGUAGCACCCCACCUCUUCCUCCCUGCCUCUUUUAAUUUGGAAUCAAACUGUGUCAAGACUUUAUAAAAUACAUUAUUUAUAACGUUUAUCACAAAGGAUCAAAAUCUCCCUGCUGGACAGACAUUUGCCUCGUUCAAAACAGAAUUAUAGUACAUUCGUUCUCGCAUGCUUCUUCUUGUUUCUUUGCUAUGUUGUACUACGUUUCAGUAAUUAACUAACCCCUCCCCUCUCUCUAGUAUUAGUUUACCUGUUUCCAUUACCUCCCAGUCAUAACAACAAAAUCAUGUAUGGUGCAAUAAUUAUUGUUACAUGUAAGUAGAUCAAUGCCUUGACUGUUGCCCGUGGGUCUUUCAGGGUUUUCACAGAUAUUCCACAGAUCGCUUUUGGCAUGUUCCUCAUUUUGAGAAGAUGUUGUAUGAUCAAGCACAACUUGCAGUGCUUUAUGCUGAUGGUUAUCAGGUGAAGUAAACAUUAUGGACUAAGAUGCCUAAACGUAAAUAAUGUUCAUGAAAAAUCACUAAUUUCCUUUUUUAAAAAACACUGCUAUGGGAUGUCUUUUGGUGUUUCAGUUCGCUUUUGUGUUGUGGUAUGAGUAUUGUUUAGUGUCUUUUCAAUCUUUUUUGUUUGCUAAUUACAUCAUUUGGUGAUUGCACCCAUCCAAAAUACCAAUAAUCCUCCCCGCUAUGCUUAAAAGCUGGGUUCAUGUAGCAGUGCUUGUUAAGUUUAAUAGUAUUCAUUAAUUGCUAAACGAGUGUUUUAUAAUUACUAGUGGGUACAAUAUGAGUGUACAGUAGGCAGGAUUACCGCGGCAGUGCAGCGGGAGGUCGCGGAUUCGACUCCCGGGACCAGACCAAUACUUGAGGUCUUAAAAUAACUGAGAAAUGAAGGUAAUGUCUUUGCACUGCAAGCGGCUGGUCCUUCGCGUGGCUCCGAUGACCACGUAAAAUGGCGGUCCCAUAUCCAGUAGAAGUUGUAAAAAUAGUGUCCCCAAUUAGUACUUUCGUGCUAAAUACCUUGACACUCAAAUAAAAUUCAUUGCCCUUCUGUGUCUUUUGCUAAUCACAUUAAAUUUUCCUUCCGUUUAAAGGUUAGCAAGAAGGAGAAUCUUGCAGAAACAACAAGAGAUAUCUUGCUGUACGUGAUGAGGGAUUUGAGUCACAAGGUACUGUUUAAACAACCCACUCGUAAGAAAAGUUUAUCUCUUAUUCCCUUUUUAGAGUUUAGAGAAAAAAAGGUAACAGCGACGACAACAACAAAACAAGAGAGAACUAGAGCUUGUUGAUGGUUUGAUUUUGUCUGCAGAUGACUAGUUUCUUUCCCUACAGUUUUUACAGGGUUCGUACAGGUCAUGGAAAACCGGGAAAGUCUUGUAAUUUAAGAAUUUUAUUUUCAAGGCCUGGAAAGUCAGGGAAUUCAAUUUACGGUCCUUGAAAAUCAUGGAAAAUUAAAGAUUUGUUUGGAUAUCAGUUACUGCAGAUAACAAAGCAAGGAUAAAGUAAGAGAAAGUGAAGUAAUUAAACAGCGCGAACGGCACGCGUUUUGGUGGAUACCAGAGUUUCAUUAAGUUAAAUAAAAUGCUAAAACAAGGAAAGUUUUGAAAAGUUUCAAAAGUGACAGUCAAACGUAAGGUCAUAGAAAACUUGAAAAGGUAACAGGGAAAGUCAUGGAAAGUCAUGGAAUUUGAAGAAUUCAAAAGAGUACGAACCCUGUUGUAAGUUAGUUGUCUUGUUGUCUAGCAAAUAUAAUGGUGGCAAAAUGACAAGAAGGAUAAACUACACUCACGCGGACGAUUACAUUUAACCUACAUGUACCUAUGAGUUUGCUUCCCAGUCACAGAAUAGGGUUGAUGUAUGACAGAGCGCCAGUUAGAGACCCGGUAGCCUGCGAGCAGCCUUUUGGGGGCAGGGGUGGGGAACUCUCUCCCCACCCCCGUGCUCGUAUGCUAGAGACGUGGAGUUAAAGGCUGAGGGCGUUGGUUGGGGUGCUGUCCGGUUGGAAAUGUACGAUAUCAGAAAGGAAACUCUGAACGCCAUUAAAAGGUCAAAAAUAGAAAGCUGAGGCAACGGCGACGGCAACGGCAACAAAGACGGAAAAAAAGCAAUAGGUUUAGACUGGCAAAACAACAACUUUGCACGUUCAUCACGCUUUUUUGUACAUUUCUUUGCCGUCGUUGCACGACUUCGACGUGAAAAUGCCUAAUUUCACGUUUUGUGGAGGCGUUAACACAAGACGACCCUCUUUUUCUUUUCCUGAACUUUAAUACAGUACUUUAGAAUUCAACUCCUGAAAAAUUCGCCAACAUUUCAUAAAUAGAACGAGAUGGAAUAAGCGCGAUAAAGUUUAAAGCAGCGAGAACGCACUUUUUAACUGACGUUUCCGUAGCCGUCGCAGUCGUUGUUACUUAAGCUCCCUAAUACCAUUUUUAGGUCUGUAGGUUUCGUUCACUGAUUAAGAGCAACUUUAAAGAUAUUAAAAAUGCGCGCCAAAAUCGUUCUAACAAUGAGCUGGUCGGUGGAAACGCCGUGACACAAGUACAUGUAACUUGCUCGCUGCGUGUCAUGGGCUUUGGGCUGCUCUGCUAGAACUGUAUAUGUAUGUUGAUAUUACAAUCGUUUCCUCUUUGUCUUCUGUAGCUCGGUGGUUUUUUCUCCGCUGAAGAUGCAGAUUCCUUGCCCAGUAAAACUGACACUCACAAGAAGGAAGGCGCUUUCUGCGUGUGGGAAGAACAAGAGAUACGACAACUGCUGCAAGAGGAACGCACUACAAGCAAAUCCGGCGAAAACAUACUUGUUUCCUACCCGUUUAUGAAACAUUAUGGAGUGGAGGGUGACGGAAAUGUUAAACCUCAUCAGGUAAGGAGACUAUAUCUGGCGGCGGGUCGUUCAGUGGCUGCUUGCGGCAAUAAAGGCCGGCCAUUACGCGUUACCACGAGCAGAUUAUUGUGAUAAUUCUGCUGAAAGGUAGUUAUUUACGGGCCCAAAUUGCAUUUUUGUUUUUGUCGCCCGCCAUUUUUAAUUCCUUCUCGAUCAUUCUCUACUUGGACACCUCAAGGACCGUAAUUUCUGCGUGUAAACCCAACGUAAAGUUGUUCCACCUUCUAGGAUCUUCCUACCUCUUUGUAAACAGUCCCUUAAAAAGCAAGUAAAUUCUAAAAGUAUUUUGAUGGGCACUGUUAUGUCGCUCGUUUUUUGUCGCCCGGUUAUAAGUCCGCCGGAUAUAAGGCCCUCUCGUUUAAAGGCCCUCCUACAUCGCCUUACAAAGAUGUAUAAGCCCAGGAUUUUUACGGAAGUUUCCAUGAAUUUAUAUGACUAGUGUUAUGUUUCCCUCCCCAGUAAGAGAAAGGUUUUAAUCCUUGAGGUAAUGUAGAGCUCAGCCAACGACUCGGAGGAUGAUUAAGGAAAAUCUAAAAGUUAAUUUUCAUGACAAUUUUAUAGUCUGUUCCUGAGGGAAGUUAUUGGGAGGCUUUUAAAAGGCCGACACCGACGGCAGUGAAAACGUCACUGGGAACUUUCUUCGUUUAUGGCAACUGUAGGUAGUUUUCCCUGGAGUUGAAUUCUUGGACCGCACCGAAGUUUAGAAUGAAAGAGAAAAAACUUCGUGUUCGUAUACGCGUUUUGACUUCCAACGAAAAAUGUGAAAUGAGGCGGAAAUUUCAAGUUGUAGUCAUGCAGUGACGGCAAUGAAAUGUACCAAAGAGUGUCAUGCACAUGUGGAGUUGUUGUUUUUCUUUUCAAACCUCUUGCUUUUUUGGACUCUCCCGUAGUCGUCGUUGUUUGUUAAACUUUUGGGUUUUAAUUUCCCAGGACCCUCAUAGAGAACUUCGAGGCAAGAACGUCCUAAUUGUAAGGGGAAGCUUGCAGGACACAGCUCGAUUAGUGGACGUGGAUGAAGCCGUACUUAAAGAGCAACUGGCGCGAGCUCGAGAAAUCCUGUUUGAGGAACGAAAAAACAGACCACCGCCUCAUCUAGACACAAAAAUGAUCACUGCCUGGAAUGGUGAGGGCGCAUUUGUUUUUUUGGUUGUUUGUUUUUACUACAGGACUUAACCUUUUCAUUCCCAGACGACUGAAGUUAUGGCGAGAUGAUUUGUCAUACUAACUUUUGCAUCCAUGGCGAAAUCCUAAGAUGUUACUAUUCAAAUGAAACCACUUUGGCAGAGCUUUUGCGUAGUGCUAUUUAAAUAUGACGAUUUUGUUUUAUUUUCUUUUUUGAAAGCUUCUCUUGCGAAAGCUUCGUAAAAACCAAAUUUUAAGUUAUGAUUCUGACCAAUAACAAUUUGCGCAGAUAGUCAAAUGAACCAAUCAGAUCUGAAAGAAAUUCAUGACAGCACAAAGCGCGGGAAAGUGGCGUUUGACGGAUCAUGCAGGCAUAAUUUUUGUAGCACCAUGUCAGGAGUAUCAGGCAUAAUGCCAGCAUAAUACUCCUAUUUUUAGCAAAGUCAAAUCGAAUGGAAUCAAAUUGUAGUGUAGUUCUGAAAUCUGUAUGCUUCUUUUUUUUCAGUCAACGCAAACAGAAUCUAUAAAGUUGACAAAAAGGCAGACAUUUUAGGAACUGAAUACCUUACCGUCUUACACUACCUGUAGAGACUCGUGCCCAGUGCAUUUUGAGAUAAUUAAAGGCAUGGUUACCUAUGUAUCCCAGGUUAUCCAGGCCCUAGCAUUUUUUCCCUUCAAAACCAGUAUGCAAGAAGACUGCGAAGAAAUGAUUACUGAUUUUAUAACCACAGGAGGCAAAACUGUCUUUUUAAUUUUGCAUAAUUAGAAGCAUUAUACCUCCACCCGGGCAUAAUUUUGAUCUUAAUACUGUGAUUUCACUUGGAACACCGAAAAGCAUAUUAAAUACUCGAAUUUGCGAGCAUAAUCCGUCAGUCCCUAGUGACAAACUCACGGUUGCUGUGGGUUUGCUUCCCACUGGCUAACAAGGUGGCGCGAGACUUUCCGCCAAUAGAGACGACUACAAGUACAAGAUUUGAUGUAAAGUAUUUUCGCGUAUUGUCAAAAAAUAGUCACCAAGAAAUGCUUCACUGUACUUUUCUUCACCAGAAGAGUUAGCACUGUUAUCUUUAUUUGUGGAGGCUAAGCCCUGUCCCGAUCGCAACAUAUCAAAACUGUUAACAUUUGAUAACUUGUUCCGUCACUACAACAUUCUCGCAAAAACUCGUAGUAGAAUGACGUACGGCUACCACGUUUUCCCGCCAAAAUGACGUUGGUUCACGCGCGUGCACUACUUAGUAUUAAGAAAAUCUGGUACUCGUUGUCGUACUCGUCGUAGAAUCUAAAGAUCUCUAAUACAGAAGCGUGGCAACAAAAUAAAACCUGAAUAACUUCAGAUACUUGAUUGUAAACAACUUGGCCAGUCAAGCUUUUUUUAUAAUACAUUCCAGAACAACUAAUUUUCUCCUUAGGGUGAUCAAACCUGAGAAGCUUUCUUUUUAAAAAUCAUUGUCAAUAAUUUCGAGAUUAGCGAGCAUUUUUCUGGUCUUUUAUAAGGCCGAUUCACCUCGUUUUUACGCAAAAGUCGAACAGAAACAAUAGAGUUGAACUGUCCGAAUUUUUCUAAUCUUUGAUUUGAUUAGACGAAUUAGCAUAUAUAGUAGAAGACCCUUACGUGAUUCAGAGCUGCUCGGAAGGUUAGAUAUUGCAGCUGUGACAAAAUUAUGUCAAAAAGCAUAGCACAAGACCCCGAGGGUACUCAACAAAUGUUUAUACGAGGAGGCUCCGCUCCUAGGUCCAGCCCCUUACCCUUUUAUAUACCAUUUUUCACGAAAAAGCCCUUUCGUAUACCUUCUAUUUACAAAUGGUACCCCUUUCACAUACCUUGUUUAGCACUUUGCAUACUUUUUAACUGUUUUAAAUGCAUUGUGUUUUAAAUAGGAAUCAAUCACAAAAAUAGAACGUUUUCUCGACUUUAUAAAGCCAUAAAAUUCAUCUGUUAGCCCUUUUAGGAGCUUUCACAAACCCAGAUGACAGAUUUUUUCCCCUACCCUUUUAUAUACUUCAGCUAGUGAAAUCUCUACCCUUUCAUAUACCCCCCCGCGCACAAGACUUAGGACCCGUCUACAUGAAUACGGGAAAAAAAUGUGGGGUUUCAAAAAGCUCCGGCUUCGUGUGACCAGGAUCUUAGGCCUCAACCACAUGAAUCCGAAUACAAUUUUUGCAUAGUGUAAAGUAUUUAUCAUUUUAUGUUCUAGGUCUCAUGAUUUCUGGUCUUGCCCGUGGUGGACAAGUCCUUGGUGAAGACGUGUAUACAAAAAGAGCGAUUAAAGCGGCAGAGUUUGCGAGGAAACACUUGUUUGACGAGAAGUCAGGGAAACUCUUACGCAGUUGUUACCAAGGGGACAACGGGGAAGUGAUGCAGAUGUAAGUCACGUGGGCUUUUGAUAAUUUCCGUUGUUGUUCAUGAUUUUGAGCGCUUGAAGCAUAAUACAUGUCACUUCCAGGAUCUACGCAAUGUAUCUGAUUCGUUGAAACAAAUUUUCCUCGCCGCACGACCAAAAUAAUCAAAAGCACUUCCUAGAUCUGGGUAGUGACACGUCAUCAGAAUGAAAUUUGUGCGCUUGAUCCUCAGACGUCAGUUCGCGGUGAAAUCAGUUGUGGCGUCGCGAAAUGUCGAUUAACUUAUAAUUCGCCUUAGAACACAGGCUUUGGACUUCAACGAGCAUUUUGAUUUCAAAGCUCGUGUUUGAUUUUCCCUCUUUAGAGACACGCCCAUUUUCGGGUUUGCAGAUGACUAUGUGUUCAUGAUCCGGGGAUUGCUGGACCUGUAUGAGGCAUCACUGGACGAACAAUGGUUAGAAUGGGCCGUGCAGCUGCAAAAUAAACUAGAUGAACUGCUUUGGGACAAAGACGGAAUAGGCUAUUUUAUGGUAACACCUGGCGACCCGUCUAUUCUGGUCAAGAUGAAAGAAGGUUAGGGAUGUUUUGUUAUAGUGGGAACAAGUUUUCUCCAAUAUAGGAUGAAGGACCAAUGCUCCGUGGUGAAGGAUGUCUGAUUUUUCUCUCUGAUCAGAUGUCGGUCCUCAUUUUUUUUAACGUCGAAUACAGGUAUGGGAGAACAAGGGUGAUACAGGUGAAAAACGGGUUUGCUUAUUACUGAGGACUUGAGGUUUUGAUUUGACGGCUCUCAGCGGAUAAAAAUAUUCUUCAAGGCAAAACCUAACACUUGAACAGAUAGAUUUACAUUAUAGGUUUCCCCUUCGACUUGCCUUGGUAAUGACAGGCUUAAAAAAAUAACUUUCUUUCUGCCUUGUAGCCCAAGAUGGUGCUGAACCAAGUGCAAACUCGUCGUCUGUAGGAAACUUGGUUCGCCUUUGCAGCUUUACUGAUGACAAGAAAUAUCUUGAGAGAGCGGGGGAGAUCAUCAAAGCAUCUGUUACUAUGCUGUCAAAAAUUCCUCUUGCUCUUCCCGAGCUGGUGUCAAACUACAUAAUGUACCUUCAACCUACGCAGCAGGUGAAAUUUCUCCACCUUUGUUUGUGUUUGUCUAAUUCCAGUACAAAUUUCCACCCGCGUUUAGAGUCUUCACGGCCUGUAACAUAGCCUGCGAGCAGUUUCUCUGGGGAGCUCUGGGAACUGGGGGGAGAGCAAAAGGGGGAUUCUCUUGUCUCGACCCCUAAAGGCCCCCUUGGAACUUGUUCGCAGGCUAAUAACAUCACGAAAAUUUUGUUGGGUCGUCUGAGUCGAUAUGACCUUUAUAGGGCUUGUCCUUUAUCAAGAGCGACUAAAAGGAACUGCUGUUUUGUUGGUUAAAGCAAUUUCUUUUAUAUGUUCCUGUUGCCGUCGCCGUUAUAGUUUCUUGAGCUUUUUUUAUGAGGUCCGUUCUUGCGACCUUUCGGGAUUGCGUCGUCGCCUGACUUUGAUUUUGGCGGGAAAUUAGAUUCGGCCGCACGUUCGCCCCGCUCGCUCUCAUGGGCGACAAUAGGGAGCUCAAUACACAUUUACGACGUAAGAAUGAAGGCGAGGCCUAAGGGUCACUUGAUUUCCCGCAAACUUCAAAAAAGUAAAUAAGGCGGCGAAAAAAUAACGAUUUGUGUUUAAGAGACAAAAAAUUAACCCCGAAAGAUAUUCCUGAGCAAUUAUAGUAAAUUAACGUGCCUUGGAAAGUAGACAGUAGAGGGAUUAAGAGUCACGUGUACGGCAAAAGGCAAAUUCAAGUUUAAAAUGUCUCAGAAUAGAAAAUAAGCAGAUAAAAACUGUCCAGAACAAUUCUUAUUUAAAAGACCGGCGUGAAACUACUUUUUUUGAGUUGAAGUAACCCUGGUCACAUGGUAUAAAGUCAGGUUUGCCGUUUAAUGUAAACGUGAAUCUUAAUCUCUCUAGUGGAGAAACUAACCUUCGGCAAGGAUCCUUCGGAAAUACAUGCAACGUCAAGUCUUUCCUGUUAUCGGAACGAUUAUUACAAAGAGCAGCCGUGUAGCAGUUGUGAAAACUAUGUUUUGUCGUAGUUGUAGCGUGCGCUUCUGCCUUUUUAUACAGUGUGAUUGCGAUGUGGCCCCUAGGCUUCGCUUUCAUGCUUACGCCGCCGUAAGUGUAACAACGAGAACGACAAAAACGCAGUAGGAUAAGAUAAGCAAAACAUGACGCUUUUCUGUACAUUUCUUUGCCGUCGUUGCAUGAAUAUGACGUAAAACUUCCUAAUUUCAUUUUUGUGGAGGACGUAAACACAAGAAAACGACUUCCUUGUUCUUUUUCCUGAACUUCAAUUCAGUCUUUUAGAAUUCAGCUCCAAAAAACAUAUACGAACUGAACGAGAUGUAAUAAGGGCGAUUAAGUUUGAAGCAGCGCGAAUUCACUCUUUAUUUGGCGUUUUUGUAGCCGUCGCCGUCAUUGUUGUUUAAGCUUCCUACUCUUCAAGUGACAGCUAGCAGUCUCAGUAUAAUGUGGUUCAUUUAUCCGUAGAUCAUUUUGACAAUUACAAUUUCCUAUUUAGAGUAAAAUGUUUAGCUGGUUUUUCUUCUUUCUCGCAAGAGCUCCUUUCCUUUUAUUAGAACAUAACAACUACGACAAUGUUUUUCUCAAAUGUUGUGAUAGUUACGAUUAUUUGGGAUCAUCGCGUCGUCAAGUUUUGUCCGCUGUUUAGUCAUACUCGAUGUUCAUCGAAUUGGACUCCACUCAGUCUUGUUGCCAUUAUAUUAAGGAAUGUGAUGAAAUGAAAUUAUGAAUCCGAAACGUAUUAAUCGUUUUCAGCCUUGACAUAAUAGCUGAUUAUUGUUUAUUUUCAGAUAAUAAUCGCUGGCGAUCGAGAUUCCGAGGAUACGAAAGCACUUCUGAAGUGCGUUCACUCUCAUUACAUACCCAACAAAGUUCUCAUGCUAUGUGAUGGUAACCAAGACAACUUCCUUGCCUCUAAACUGUCUGUCUUUAAAACACUGGAGCGGAAAGGUGGCAAAGCUACGGCGUAUGUUUGCGAGAACUACACCUGCACACUUCCAGUAAAUACUGUCGAGGAUUUGGAGAAGAUUUUGUCGAGAUAGAUGCUAAAACUGAGUGUUUCUUAUAAGUUCUCUUUUAGGUUUUUAAAAUAGGGCGGUUUUGGAGACGGUCACGUCCGUUGUAAAAUCACUACGUACUUGCCAGUCACCUUGCAAUAGCCUUUGGUUUUGGUGGAGGUUGUGCGCGCGAUUGGGUCGAAAUUCUGUCGGAUUGCAAUAUGGGAUUGUUUCAUGGGACGCCAUAUUUUUUUUUCUAUUGGGCAAAUCAAGGUCGUAAGGGAACUGGGUGAAAACCGUCCUAUGGUGCAAUUCGACACAACACCGACCCAGUCAUACGCGGAAUCCUGGCCUGUUCCAGACCUUCAGUGCGGCGCGAAGAUUAAGGGCGGGAAAAAAUAAGGAGGGGUAGAGAGGAGGUUCCUUCGCU